GCCUGUUGAUUCACAGGUUUGUCAUAGUUUUGCACCAGCAUAAACCACACCCCCUGAUAUAAAUAAAGCAGACUGGUUUCCUCAUCUUAAUCUCCUCGUUGGAUUUACAGUACAGCAAUGGUGUGUUUGUUAAUUUCAGCGCUGUUGAUGGGUUUGCUUUCACUUGUCAAAUCAUCACAGACAGUCAAUAUAUCAGCUCAACCAGGAGAAAAUGUUACUAUUUGGUGUAAACACAUUGCAGGUGUUGGAAAGCACAUACACUGGUUCAAGCAGACACACGGGGCUGUUCCGCUUGGCAUUUUAUACAAGAUGUUACCCUAUAAUAUUGAAGUAAACGCAACAUAUUUAAAUCAUUUUGCACCAGACCAUUUUGUGAUGUCUGUGAAUCGCAAAAACACAUCCUUAAGUAUUUUGAACAUCGAUAUUACUGAUUCUGGUCUCUACUUCUGUGGGUGGUGCACUUGGAAGAUUGUAUUUGGUGAUGAAGUACAUCUAGACAUUAAAGAUCUCAAGAGUGAAAUUUUGACAAAAGACUGUCCUGGAAACAUCUUCUAUAACCUGACCUUUAUUUUUGGUGGUAUUAUUGUUGUCUUCAUCAUUUCCCUCACUCUUGGCAUUAUCAAGAUCAUAAGAACACUUGAAAAAGAUGCAAAUCGCCAUGUAACACAUCACGAGGAGGCUCAUUCAUCUGUGUAUGCAGCUCUACGAUUCUCAAAACAGAAAACCAGAAGUGCAGCUGGACAUAAUGAAGAUACAAAAGUUGUGUAUUCUGCUACUAGAUGACACACAUUCAAAUAUUGUCAUGCUUGGGUAUAUAGAAAUGUAUGAUUGUAAAAUAUA